UACCAUUUUUUUCCCCUCUAUUUAAGCGCGCCAACAAGGACGGUUCAAGUGGGUCUGUCGGGUCGUCGUGUUCUGCGGAGCAGGGUGCUGGUAUUGCUCUGUCGUCUUUAUUGGCCUUUGAUUAAAAUGCCGGAGGAAACGUCCACUGCGUCGGGCUCUGGAAGUGUGGAGGAGAAGCCGUGCUCUUCAACAGCUGCAGCAGAAACCUCUGGUGAGAUUUUGGAGGAGGCUAAGAAACUGAUCGGCACAGGAAAAAGGCACCUGGUGAUGGGUGAUGUCGUUUCUGCUCUCAGUGUCUUCCAGGACGCCUGCAGCAUGCUGGCUGCCAAAUAUGGGGACACAGCAGAUGAAUGUGGCGAGGCCUUCUUCCUAUAUGGGAAGUCCUUAUUGGAGCUUGCAAGGAUGGAGAAUGAUGUCCUUGGUAAUGCCAUGGAGGGAGUCCCAGAAGAAUCUGAAGAGGAGGAGCAGCCCAGCAACUCUAAUAUUGAGAGCGCUGACAACCUUGAUGAGAAAGCUAGAGAAGAGCUGCGAAAGCAGGUCUAUGAUGCGAUGACGGGGGAGGAUUCAGGCUCAAAGGUCGAAUCUAAAGACGUGACCAGUGACACUGAAGUGAAAGACGAAAAUGCUGCGUCAGAAGCACCAGUAAAACAUGGAACAGGGGAUGCCUUGAGUUCUACUGUGGUUGGGGAAGAGAAGAGUUCUGUCCAGGGAACUGAAGCAGUCCAAAGUGUUUCAGUGCAAGGUGUGAAUGAAGAAUCUGAAGUAAAAGAGGAGGGAAUUGAAGAAUCGACUACAGAGACUGAACAGACUGAAGAAUAUUCAGAGGGUGACGACAAUGAGGAUGAAGAGAACGAUGGACAGGAUAAUGAAGAGGAGGAUGUUGGGAAUUUGCAGCUGGCUUGGGAAAUGCUUGAGUUGUCCAAAGUCAUCUUUAAAAGGAAGGAAAGCAAAGAUGACCAGCUGAUGGCAGCACAGGCUUAUCUGAAACUUGGUGAAGUUAGUGCAGAAACAGGUAACUAUCCUCAGGCACUAGAGGACUUUCAGGAGUGUCUCACUAUGCAGCUGAAGCACUUGCCUCCUCACAGUCGCCUGCUUGCCGAGACCCACUACCAUGUUGCUACAACACUGUGUUCCAUGGACCAGUACAACCAAGCCAUCCAGCACUACAACAGCUCCAUAAAGGUCAUCGAGACUCGUCUAGCCAUGCUCCAGGAGAUUAUCGAUGGAGAUGAUGGUGCAGCAGAGGAGAAAAGUGAGAUGGAAGAACUCAACCAGCUUCUUCCUGAUAUCAGGGAAAAGGUGGAUGAUGCCAAGGAGAGCCAGAGAACAGCCAGUGCUGCCUCACAGGCGAUUCAGCAGACAUUGGGGACUCCCUCAACUUCAACAUUCCCCUGUGAAAAUGGUGGUCCUUCAUCUUCAACUGCUUUUGCAUCUUCCAGCCAGAUUCCAGUUAAAACAUCUGGUAGUGCCUCAUCUUCCAAAGCGGUGUCGGACAUCUCUCACCUUGUUAGGAAAAGGAGGAAACCAGAAGAGGAGAGCCCAGUAAAGGACACAGAUGCUAAACAACUGAAACCGGAAGCCUCUGUUAAUGGCAGCGGUGACUCUAGUGCCAGCAACAGCAAUGAAACCCAGGAGGGAAAAUCACAGGAGCCUUCCAGCCAGGCGGCCUCUGUAGAGUUCUCUUGACUGCCUUCACCCUCUUCCUGACUCUGAAACCAGCACGGCAUGCCUCUUCAACUCCUCCCCUUCCAGUACUCUUGUUCCUGUAAAUAUGACCCAUUUUCACAGAUUUUGUCUUUCAAGUUUUGUAUACUUGUAGUAAAAAUAAAGAAUUUGCAGAUGUAAA